AUGGCCAAGCAACUCCAAUUCGGAGGUGAAUAUCUGCUGGUGAGGACCAUAGCCGAAAGCGAAAGACUGGAAAUGCAAUAUAAAGCCUGGCAAGCUAAUAUUGGAUACCUUUUGCAUCCUGUGAUCAAACAACAUGACAAUAUGCGCAUCGCGGAUGUUGGCACUGGGACUGGGUUGGUUGCAACUGUGCCAGUAAAUUCAAAAAUAUGGCUAUGUGACCUUGCAGAUGCUCUCCCAAAUACCUGUCAGCUCGAAGGGUUUGACAUCUCAGAUGCCAUGUUUCCUAGUAAGGAUGCAUUGCCGGGGGAUAUCGUCUUUCAUCAUCAAAACCUCCUACUGCCAUUCUCAGAUCAACAUCUAGGGAAGUAUGAUGUUGUCAAUGUUCGAGUUAUGGUGGUGGCUUUAUCAUCUCAUGAGUGGGAACCUGCUGUGCGAAAUUUGAUGACACUUCUCAAGCCAGGAGGCUAUCUGCAAUGGGUCGACUGUGCCGCACAUGAAUGUGUGAUCAAAGGAGUACCUGAGGGGAAAGAAGCAAUCAAUGCCAAGCGCGCAAUCGACUUGUUUCGUAAGACUGUGACCUCGCUUGGGAAAGCACCAAAUAUUGCCCUUCUUCGUGGAAUUUUCCAAAAAAGCGGACUGGUAUCUUGCGAAGAGGAAAUUUACACUCUUGAAAACCCAGAGACUCGGGAGAACGUCAAUACCGCAGUUGUUGUUGGAAUCCAACAUAUUCUGACUGCUGCCUUCAAAAUGCAUAGACUGGAUGAGAUACAAUCCAUUGAUCAGAUUAUGGAUCUGAAAGAGGCUGCUUCACAAGACUUGCGCAAUUUAUCUUGCUAUUAUUGUUACGAUGUUCACGUUGUAUUGGGGAGGAAGAUUUAA